GGUGUAAUAGGGAACGAUCUGAGAUCAGCAUCGUAUACGUCACUGAUAAGAGACCUGUUCUAAAAAUAGCCACACAUCGAUAAGUUUCGGACAAGGAAUCUGGUUUAUUCUACAUGUAGAUUAUACAAGAUAAUGGCCACGAAUACUUUUAUUCACGUUUCUCUCAAUGAAAAUGAUGUUCCUGGAGCUAAAUUUGCGUACAGCAUGAUUGAAAAACAUUCUAAUGUUCAACUGCGACGAUGGUUAUAUUGUAGGGAUUUAAAAACAUCUGGAAACAAAGAUGAUCUAGUGAAAAGGGUAAAGAUGUGUAUAGAGGCUAGAAGAGAUGGUGACAUAUCUUUAAAUGUAGAUGGUGGGAAAUGGUACGAUAUAAAAUUGGAGAAACUGAAACAAGAAAAUCCAAGUCAAGUGAAUGGGAGUAUUCCCCCUAUUACUGGAUGGAACAUUUUCCCGUCAGUGUUGCUGCCAAAACACUUUAAUCAAGGACACAUACACCACCACAUUGUGGAGUCAGUGCAAUUCAUUGGACAAAUAGAAUCCACAGGAACUGAAAAUUGUGAGAAUGAUAUUGAGGAUCUACAUACUUCUAAGCCACUGAAAAAGGGGCUGGAGUAUUUCAGAAGUGGACAUGUGCAAGCAAUGCAAGAUUGUAUUAAAGGUGAUAGUUAUUUUAUUAAAGCAAAAGUCAUGGCCUCUUACACUAUUGACACAGACUAUUCUGUUCUUGUGCAAAUCAGCAAAGUGAGCGGAUUUGUUAAAGAUGCUUCAUGCACUUGUCCAGCAAGUGCGAUGGGUCGUUGUGCACAUGUAACUGGUCUUCUGUAUGCUCUCAAUGACUACAUUGAUAAGUUUGGUUGUGAGCCAUUGUCAUGCACUUCAAAACAGUGUGGGUGGAACACAGGCAGAAAGAAAAAGCGCAAUCCCCAAAAUAUUUUCAAGGCAGAAUACCCUAGUUUGAAGAAAAAAAAGGUAGACAGUAUAAUUGACUUUGAUCCAACACCACUUUUUCCACAAAGAAGCCCUCUUCAAACACUCAGUGAUUUCCUAGGUCACAUUGAAAGUGGAAAUGAAAGCAAAUGCAUGUGGGAAACAGUUUUAUUUAGAGAAUAUGAAGACUAUGCCCUCAACUUAAAUGAAGAGCAAAACCUCAAAGAGAAUGUGGCAGCAAUGAUUGACAGUUUAAAUGUAGACCGUUUAAGUGAACACAUUUCAAAACAAGGAUCAGAAGAGUGGUUCUCAGAAAGACGCAUUAGGGUAACAGCUUCAGAAAGUAAACGAAUAAGUUGUGCAAAAUCUGAAAGUGUAGUUUACAAUAUUCUAAAGAUUAAGCUAUGGGGACAGGGAAGUCAGACAAAGUCUAUGUGUUAUGGUGUGGAAAAUGAAGGAAAUGCUUUUGAUAACUAUGUAAGAUAUGCGUCAGAAUCUAAUUCAGAAAUUUGUGUUAAAAAAACUGGGUUUUGGGUUAAUCCGAAUUUCCCGCAAUUAGGUGCCAGUCCAGAUGGGCUAAUCAAUCACUGUAACAAUGAAUAUGCAGAUGGACUCCUUGAAAUCAAAUGUCCAGCUAUUUUGCAAAAUAAGUUAGUGCAGAAUUAUGAAACUGUACUCUCGAAGUCUCAGUUGAAAAAUUUCUGCAUCUAUAAUCAGGAUGGUAAAAAUGCUCUUAAAGACAAUCAUGCAUAUUAUUAUCAAAUACAAGCUCAGUUAGGCAUUUUAGAAAGAAAUUGGUGUGAUUUGUUUAUAUGGGGAGGCGAAGACAACUUCCUUGUAGUUCGAGUGCAAUUUAAUCCAGAAUUUUGGUCAAACCUAAAGGAAAAAAUGAUACAAUUUCAUUCGCAUUGGCUGGCACCAGAGUAUUUUGAAAUGAGAAUACCACGUAGACUGCUACCAAAGUAUCUGUAG